GCGCAAAAGUCGGUGGCAGGAAGAGAACUAAAGCAAGUCCCUGCUGCUCGAGUCGAAAAUGUAACUAACGGAGAGAAAAUCUGAUCUGAGCCGGAAAAACGCUCAGCCGCCACACUUCAUAUCUCACCCCGUAGACUUGAUGCAUGUAACCCUGACCAGAGCCGAUGAGGUGACUGGAAAACGUCUAAAGGCUCCUCAGGAAGCAGGGGCCUGAACUGAGUCUUUCUCUCAGACAUUUUACCUCUUGAGACACUAAUGGAGCGGUUCCAAUGGCUUCGGUAUAGAUGGCAACAGGUGGCUUCCACAGAGUCAAAGCAAGGCUGGUCCUCUGCCAAUGACUCAGCAACAUUAAAAGCUGAUUUAGAUUCUCAGGAUCACUCCGGACGCAAGCUUUGUGGAAAACGAAGAACGGUGGUGGCACGAUGUGGUCCACACUGGGCAGAAUACCAGAGCAUCUCGAAAGGAUAUCAAGGCAACAACAUUCGGACCACCAAGUACACUCUUCUCAGCUUCAUACCUAUGAAUCUGUUCCAGCAGUUUCACAGAGCUGCAAACAUCUACUUCCUGGCCCUGGUGUUGCUGAACUGGGUUCCAGUGGUGGAGGCCUUUCAGAAGGAGAUCACCAUGAUCCCACUCGUUGUCGUGCUCACUGUCAUCGCCUUCAAAGAUGCCAUAGAGGAUUACAGACGCUAUUGCUAUGACCAGAGGAUCAACAACAAUCUCACACAUGUGUACAGUCGUAAAAAACAGUGCUAUGUAGAGAGGCGCUGGGCUGAUGUGUGUGUUGGGGAUGUGGUACAACUUUGCUGUAAUGAGAUCAUUCCUGCUGACAUGGUGCUGCUCCACUCAUCUGACCCAAAUGGAGUGUGUCACAUUGAGACUGCCAACUUGGAUGGAGAAACCAACCUGAAACAGAGACAGGUGGUGAGAGACCUACCACAAGAAGGAAUGGAAUUUACUCCCGAGAACUUCAGCAGCCGCAUUGAGUGUGAAAACCCCAAUGAUGAUCUAAGGCGUUUUAGAGGCUACAUGGAGCACCCAGAUAAAAUACGUGUGGGAUUACAUAAUGAAAAUCUCCUGUUAAGGAGUUGUACUGUGAGAAACACUGAGACGGUGAUUGGCAUUGUGGUCUAUGCAGGUCAUGAGACAAAAGCAAUGCAAAAUAAUAGUGGCCCACGCUAUAAGCGAAGUAAAUUGGAGCGCAAACUCAACAUAGACAUUAUUUGGAGUGUUGUCUUACUACUGCUCAUGUGCCUUAUUUCUGCUGUAGGCCAUGGUGUGUGGCUGAGCGGCUUGAAGGAUCCAGUCUUUAUUAUCUCAGAUGGCACACACCCAGCUCUUGCAGGUUUCUACAUGUUCUGGACUAUGAUCAUUGUUCUGCAGGUUCUUAUUCCCAUUUCUCUGUACGUGUCUAUAGAAAUAGUGAAAUUAGGGCAGGUCUAUUUUAUCCAGAAUGAUCUGGAUCUGUACGAUGCCAGGCUGGAUACUGGUAUACAGUGCAGGGCUCUGAAUAUCACAGAGGACCUGGGACAGAUCCAGUACUUGUUCUCAGAUAAGACAGGAACCCUGACAGAAAACCGCAUGCUGUUCCGUAGGUGCACUGUCGCCGGCAAGGAAUAUCCUCAUAAUGAGCAUGCACAAGCUAUGGAGCAGUAUGAGGAGCAAGUUGCUGGCCAUCCCGAUCGCACACUCACUCUGUGUUCUAGCUCCAGGAAAUCUCUCAGUUGCAACCGCAGCUCUGUAUCCAUCAACACGCUCACUGCUGCUACUGACACACACUCACCACAUAGCACACUGAACCGUCACGUAGCCGGGGCUUUUAGCAGUGCCAUGGAGUGUGCAGUAAUUCCAGAUGUAGAGCUGCAGGAAAAGCUGCGAGCCCUUUCAUUUCCUCGGUGCUCUUCUAUAAAGUAUGAUGCCUCAGAACUUUCACACAUCCUAGACUUUUUCCUUGCCCUGGCUGUCUGCAAUACUGUGGUGGUUUCCUCUCCCAGUCAGCCACGUCACGUGGUGAAGACACCGGUGGCUCGCACUCCUUUACGAUCUCUGGAGGAGAUGAAGACGCUUCUGCAGAAACUGAGUCGUCCUCGCUUUUCACUGUCUCCCACUGAGAGCUCGGACAGCCCUCCUGGCUACACCAGGAGGUUCUUUUCUCUCGGCCGUCACAGUCACAAUACGCCUCCACACACACCUGCAAACACUCCUUCACCCAGUCCUGCCAUCACACCUCAACAGCAGCACCACAGUGAGGUCUCUGAACAAAUCUGUGAUGAAGAUGAUAAAGAAGAAGAUAAUGAUGAUAAAGAGGAAGAAGAGGAGUUGCUAUAUGAGGCAGAGAGCCCGGACGAAGCUGCACUGGUGCAGGCUGCAAGGGCGUAUGGCUGCACUCUUCUGGGCAGGUCCCCAGAGCAGCUGCUGGUUGCCCUGCCAGGUACCGGGCCGCUCACUGUGCCGCUGCUUCACUUACUGCCCUUCCAUUCUGCCCGCAAGAGAAUGUCAGUAGUGGUACGUCAUCCACUCACCAGCCAGGUGGUGGUCUACACCAAAGGAGCUGACAAUGUCAUUAUGGAACUGGCUGGGACAUCAGAUCAUGGUGAUUGUUCUAGAGAGAUCAUGAAGCGAACACAGCGACACCUAGAUGACUAUGCCAAGGAAGGCCUUCGAACACUCUGUGUUGCAAAAAGAGUCCUGCAGGAGGUGGAGUACAAAGCCUGGCUAACUGAACAUGCUUUUGCUGAAACCAGUAUUGAAAACAGAGAAGAACUUCUUUUAGAAUCUGCCCAGAGAUUGGAAACUAACCUUACGUUAUUAGGUGCAACAGGUAUAGUGGACCGAUUGCAGGAAGAUGUUCCAGAGACGAUUGAAGCUUUACAGAGGGCAGGGAUUAAAGUAUGGGUGCUCACAGGGGACAAACAAGAGACAGCGAUUAACAUCGCAUGUGCCUGUAAACUUUUACGACCAACUGACCAAUUACUUACUGCCAAUUGUGACAGCAAGGAAGCAUGUGAAGCUCGGCUUUUGGAACUCCAGCGAGACAUCGGUCUCUUUAAAGACAGGGGUUUGUCUAACACUGAUAUGGCUGUGUCUCAGGAUGAUGCUGGCAUCUCUGGGUUUACUCUAGUGAUAGAUGGCCGCACAUUAGACUUUGCCCUGCAGAAGGAUUUACAGAAAGUAUUCCUGGAUGUAACGGUCAGCUGUCGAUCGGUCAUAUGCUGCAGAUCUACUCCGCUGCAAAAGAGCCAAGUCGUUCGACUUGUUGGAGACUCACUCAGAGUCAUGGCACUCGCUAUAGGUGAUGGAGCAAAUGAUGUCAGUAUGAUUCAGGUGGCAGAUGUGGGUGUUGGGAUCUCUGGCCAGGAAGGCAUGCAGGCUGUGAUGUCCAGUGAUUUUGCCAUCUCCAGAUUUAAACAUUUGAGAAAACUCCUGCUAGUUCAUGGGCACUGGUGCUACAAUCGACUGGCUAACAUGAUCCUGUACUUCUUUUAUAAGAAUGUUAUGUAUGUGAAUCUGCUCUUCUGGUUCCAGUUCUUCUGUGGUUUCUCAGGAAGCACCAUGAGUAACUCUUGGGUACUCAUCUUCUUUAAUCUACUGUUUACAUCAGCUCCACCUCUGCUGUAUGGCAUGCUGGAUAAAAACGUUGCUGUUAACACACUCCUGUCCCUGCCACAGCUCUACAAAGCUGGACAGAACUCUCAGGCCUACCUCGCCUCCACCUUCUGGCUGAACAUGUUGGAUGCUUUUUAUCAGAGCCUGAUCUGCUUCUUUAUUCCAUAUUGUGCGUACGCAGGUUCGGACAUCGAUCUAUUCUCUUUUGGUUCUCCCAUCAAUGGUUCAGCUCUUCUCAUCAUCCUUCUGCACCAGGUCAUAGAGAGCCACACACUGACAUGGCUAAACGCAGUGGUGUUACUAGGCAGUGGCAUCUUCUACUAUGUGUUUGUUCUAGUAUACAGUAUCACAUGUGUGACUUGUAACGCUCCAACAAACCCAUAUGGCAUAGAGACCAAACUGAUGUCUGAGCCACUGUAUUAUUGUGUGUGUGGACUCACCACUGUCCUUGCACUGCUGCCCAGGGUGUUGUGCCGUGCCCUCUCUAACUCGAUUUGUCCAUCUGACAUAGUGAAGGCUCAGAAACUGGACAAGUCCUCCAAAGGUCAAUAUUGGAGCAGUGUCCAACACAGGAAAGAAGACAAAUCUGCCAAAGAAAAAUCUAACUCCAGACUGCUUCCUCAGACUCUCAGUGUGAAUGUAGACAUGCCCCACUUUGCGAACUGCAGUUCAGAGCCUGGUCCUGUACCCACAUGAGCAAAAACCACUUUGUAUUUUUGAGAUAAGCAAAAUCCAAAAACUGGCUUUGCUCUGAGUAAAUAUUCUGUUUACUGUCACUGACAUUACCAUUUUCUGGUCAAAAACUACACAGUUAGCCCAUAUUUGACCUGGGUACAUUCCCUAUUGUGAAGUGCAUCAAGAAAGCAAUCAGUCCAUUUAAUUUUUCGGAAAGAUUAAACGAAAGACUGAAUAAUAUCAGAAUUUCUGUAUUCAGACAAUUUCAGACAUAAUUUUAAUUUUUACGUGAUAGGAUUUAUUUCAAGAAGGAGGCAUACACCAAAAUAAUAAGAGAAUAAUCAGAGAAUUUAUGGUGAGUUUCAGAAGACAUUGGCUUUAAGAAGAGAAAAUGACACACUGUCUCACUGGCCCUAAGUGGAAAAUCUGUCUGUCCCUGAUCUAAAAGAAACUACCACAAAACUGUCGCACCUACAUUGUAAACUGACCUAAAUAAAUUGGUUCCAGUCUGAUAACACCAACGGUGCAUGAUGUCCGCACGUGAUGGCAACACAAACAAGAAGUGGCCGUUUUGAUCAGACUUAUGUUUACAUGCAUAUUCAUUUACAUGUACAUUAGGUAUUAGUGUAAGAAGUGUUUUUCCCUAUCAAGAUCAUAUCCUUCAUGCAGUUCAAAGUCUAAUCUUAUUAAUCCUAAAAUUACAAUCCUGGUGGACAAAAGUUCAAUGAGUUAGUAUAGCACCAUAGAAAACACAAAGUCAAAUGUUUCACUUUACAGCAAGUUUCUUACCAAAGACCAAAAAACACUUUUGAGAAAGUUUGUCGUUUGACACAAACAUAAAUUUAAACCAAGGUUUGAUAAGACUCCUGUAGAAUUAUUUCUAUACCCAACAUAUGGUGGGCCAACAGACCACACUGCAAAAGCCACUCUGAGAGGAUUUGAGAGUAUUAAGUUCAGGGGCAUAAAAACAAAGUCUUUUUUUUUUUUUGUAAAGAAAUUUAUGUACAUUAAUUUAAUUCUGACUGCGAUAUGAACAAAAACUAUAAUGUGAAAGAGUUUAACCGAGAUAUGCCUUGUGACUUCUGAAUGUUUAUUUGAAUGUAAACAUUCAACGCACCCAAAAAAAAACGUCAGGAUGUAACCAGCAUAAAUCAUUUAUAUAGGUCUUUUGUUACUGGGCUUAUUUUAUAUUACUGCCUUCUGCAGUACCAGUCUUUCAGUAUUGUUAUAACUAUUCAUUUUUCUAAUGCUCAGAUACUACAGUAAGUGCAAAACAUGCUGUUGAUUGAAUUGUUCACAUAUGGUUUUUUUCUGUAGUCAGUGCUAAUGCACUAUAAAGUUCAGUGAUACUGAGUAAAAAGCUGAAAUGAAUGUCUUUCAUUUUUCCAAAAAAAUGAUGUGAGUAUUGAGUUGUGAUUACCACCGAAAACAAUGGAAUUAGGAACUAAUGAUCUGAUAUGUGAUACUUGACCCUGUGUGAAACUUGACCAUGUGAUUAUGUGACUGAAUUACCUGUUGAUAGUUAGAAGAAUUUAGAAGAAGGGGAAAAAAAACAGUUUUUGUGUGUGUGUCUAUGUGUACUUUUGUGUGCUACAAUUUCUGAACGAAUUACAUUUGCAGGAAAGAAUAUGAACAGCCACAAAAAAAAACAAUGUUUAAAAAUAAAUAAAUAAAUAAAAUGAAGAAA